AUAGGCCGAGUUGUGACGAAUGGUUCCAGCAUAUUAUCAUUGCUUUCCCUCCCCUUACUUAUAUAUUCCCCUACUUGACGCGCUUAUUGGAUACUGGAAACAUAUUCUUGCUUAAUGGCAGACUCGGUUCCCAGCACUUCAUUUGAAUCAAGUGUCCUUCUACAUGUAAAGGAUGACGAAGAAGCAAAGAUUUUUGCAAGGAGAACAGAUUUUCUAUCAGGAAGAUACUUCUUAAAAACUAAAUUUCAUGAAACAUUUCUUACACACAUUCAAGCUUGCAUACUGGGCAUGACAAAUUGGAAUUAUGUGAGUGGAAUUCAAGGGUUAGGCAAGACGUCAUCUGUGCUAUACUAUGUUUUGGAAUGUAGGAAAAAUGGUAAUGAUGGAAUUCAUUAUUUUGAUUUAGAAAAGAUAAUUUCCAAGGAUAAAAAGUUGAAAACUUUUAGUGAAUUUUCUGAGAAGUUUGAUGAUGGUCAUUGUGUUAUUGUUGAUCAUGUGACUAUGCACAAUUCUCAUUACCUUGACAAAAUAAAGGAGAUCACCAGCGAGAAAGAAAUUAACUUCAUAUUAAUUGAGACAGGUUUUACAGCAUGUGCACAUUAUUUACUUGACUUUGGGAAAGAUUUACAGUUGAAUGAGGACUCCUUCUUGAGAAUCUGGAAAGGAUCCUUGCAGUCACUAGGUUAUCAUAACUCUAGUCUUACAGCUAUUGGAAAUGAAAUUUAUGCUUUAUUUUCAGAAAGAUUCAUUGUGACCCCAAAAUUGCUUCAUUCGGUGCUAGAUUAUUUCAUGAAAAGGUCUGGUCUAACUGUUGCUGAAGUUUUGAGACAGUACACAUUAGACAGGCAAAAUGAAAUUGCAAGCUUUAAAGGAUGUCAGCCAGACAGUAGUAAAGAAUAUGAAAAGUUCCAACUCCAUACAACAAUUUUACUGGAAUAUAUUCCAGAUAGAGGAGAAUGUAUUUUUACCGAAGAUGAGGCAAUUUUUUUAAAAGUGGCUGUGAACAUAUUUGAAAUGAAAAAAUGCAGAGUCACCAGAAAUGAUUUAGAAACUAAUUUGGAAGUCUUACGACUUGAUCUCAAUGAAGGGGAUUUCUAUAUUAAGGUCAGGCAUCUUGUCCCUUAUCUAGCAAAUGAAUGGUGCAGAAGACUUCCUUUUCAUUUGGAAGAUAUGCUGGAAGAAGUAGCCAGUGAUGAAAUCUUUGCAAUUAUGUUUCAGAAUGGAGGCGCAAGAAAAGAGUUUAAAAAACUCCUAAUAGAAACUCAGCAGAAAGUAGGGCUUGUCAUCUUACCUGAAGUUGAAGUGUCUGAAACCGUUUAUUUUAAAUCUGAUAUCCAACACAAUAUUUCUCAAACAAAUGGAUUAAAAUUUGUGGUUAUGCCAUCUCAAAAUUUUAGGACUCCUGAUAAAUCCUUGGAUUCUUACCAAAAUGAUUUACCUGAAAAUUUUAAAGGUCAUCUAAGAAAUGUUGCAUUGUUUGGUGUAUAUCUGAAACAACAGAUUGCAUCAAGAGGUGACUUUGUUGCUUUUCCGCAAUCACAAAAUUUCAUGGGAUUUGAUUACUUUGUGCAUCAGCAAAUUGAAACUGAAGAAAACUGUCCUCCCCAGAAAAAGGCAAAGACUAAAAAAAACUCAGUGUUGUACCUUAUUCAAGUGGCAACUGGUUGUUCUCAUAGAGGGGAUACUAUGGGAAAAGCUCUGGAUGUGAUGAAAAAGAUAUUUUCUGAUGAGGAUGUUACCUUACAUGCUGUUGUUAUCAUUGCCAGAGAUGACGAUAAACCAUACACUUUGAACAGGUGCAGUUUCAAAAAUCUAUCAGUUAUUAACUUGUAUAUGAAAAAUUCUGAUGGCAUACAGAAUAUACUACAAAUGAGCAGGCUCCUGUAUAGAUUUUAUACUCAUUUGAUUGAAAACAAACUGGAUGCAGCCCAUUUCUGUAGAUAGAACCCUGUGAUGGAGAAGAUUCCUAAUACCUCCUGUAUGAAUUUUCAACCGAAUUUCCAAAGAAAAAAUUUGGUUAAUUAUGGAUAUUGGAGUUGUAUGGCGAACAGGCUGGUGGGCUUGUAACUCCAGUUGUUUCUGUGUGAAAACAUGAACUAUUCAAUCAAAGCUUUUUAAAAUUUAAUAUGUUGUUACUGUCAGAUGAUAAAAUGGAGGUCAAGUUCGAUGUUGACAAUUUAAAUUUUCACAGUAUAGAAGUUAUGUUCCUUGAAAGAUUGAAAAAUGGCACAACACAAAUAAAUGUUAAAAAUUCUGGAUUACUUUCAUUCUGACAGCUCUUGUAUCCACAUUUGAUUGAGAACAAAAUAAGAAUGCAAUCCAUUUCCUGAGAUACAUGUAGACCCCAAGGAGUUGUUCUUUAUUUACUGUUCGGGCUUGAUUUUAAAUAGCAUUUUUUAUCUCAAUAUAAUUCUUUGCAUACUGUAGUACAUACAUUUGACAUUUACAUGAUUAAUCAUUUUUUUUAUAUGAUACAUUUUAAGCAAUUCUACACUGCACACAAAAGAGUUCUAAUUCCAUGGUAAUUUUGUGCAGUUAGAGUGAUCUGCCCUUUGAUGUAAAAUAGAAUAAACUUUAACUGCAAUAUACAGUGUAUGAUAUGAUUUGUAAUCAAUUCAAAUAUUCUAAACAUUGUGUAUAAGACCAAGGUAAAGUAAUUGGAAACUUUUUGAGGAUGUUUUUUUUUCCAAAUAAGCAUUUAAUUUAAAUUUUCUUUGACCAAACCUUUUUUUCAAAUUUUAACAAUAACAUAGUGAUCUGUAGUUUAAAUAUUGUGCGUGGGGUCCUGGCCCAACCCAUUUUAGAAAAAAAGGGCCCAAAAGAACCAAUCAAGUAGAGUUGACUUGUAGAUUACAAAAUUGAUUUUUUAGGUUCUCUACCCUUUGCUGAGAAAGAGGGGCCCCAGAGGUUCGAAAAACAAAAAUUGCUUAAAAGUAAUGUGGUACAAUCAAUUAAUAUACAUGAUAUAUGAAGCAUACCAUAACAAAGGUAUUAUUGAAUUAAAGAUUUCAGAAAUGACAUUUUUUGGGGACUUUUCUU